AUGGAGCAUGAGAGUUUUAUUCAUAUGAUCCAUGAACACCCGCUGAGUCUGAUCCCCGACUCGGCCGAGAAAAGUGAUUACAGCAAAUGGUGUUAUGGUUGUUGGAGAUACAUUUUGCCUGGAGAUGCAACUUAUGGAUGCAGCCUCGAGUGUGGAUUUGAAUUGUUGUUACACAAAGAAUGCAUGGAAAAGUCUCGAGAGAUCAUGCAUCCUAUCCAUCCUUCACACCCUCUCACACUCCAUGAUUCAGAAAAAAUUUCUGAUAAAAUAAAAUGUGCAGUUUGUAAAGGGGAUGUGUAUGGGUUAAGCUACAUAUGUAGCCAAGGGGGCUGUGAUGGAUUGUGGAUCCACAUGGGAUGCACAGGGUUUCUUAAUGACAAGCAACCGACUAUGGCCCACCCAAGCCACCCUCAACAUGAGCUACACUUUUCCAAGAAGACGAGGUGGUGCCCAUUCCCCUGUGAUGCCUGCGGUGCCACUGCGAAAGGGGACUCUUACAACUGCAACAUAUGCGACUACUGGAUACACGAGAGUUGUGCACUCCUCCCUGAGUCUAAGGACUUCCCUCAUCAUCACCACUCUCUCUCCCUCGCCUUCUAUCCUCCCCUCGAGUACAUCCGAUAUGACUUUGAUUGUGCUGUAUGCAACUCAACUUUGCCGUUGACACGUUGGGUCUAUCAUUGCCACCUCUGUAGAUAUGUGGUCCAUCUCAACUGCGCCACCUCCACAUUUGAUAGUGAAAAUGCAAAUGCAAAUGCAAUUGACGAUGAGAAAGAGGCUGCCAAGUUCCCAAUAGCAGUAGAUGACAUGUAUGAGGAGAUGAUCAAACCCUUCGUUAAGCGACAAAGAGAACAAAUUCUCAUCCCUCAUCAUGAUCAUGAAAAUCACAACAUCGGUGGCAAGUACAGCUUCUCCAAUCACCCUCAUCAUCUACUAACUUUUACUACAUUUUCAACUUUAUCGUCUUCCUCAUCAUCGUCGUCUCAUGAUCACUACAAAAAAGACGAUGAAGAAGAAGACGAUGAAGAUGAUUUUGGCAGUAUUCCAAGAUCGGAAUUAACAUGUAAUGGGUGCACACUGCCUAUACGUGAAAAGAAGCAAACAGGUGAUGGGUAUGAGUAUGAGAAUGGUUACAUGAGUUGUGAUGAAUGCAAAUACUUUCUCCACUUGUCCUGCUUCAACUUACCACUUGAGAUCCCCUCUCUUCCUAUUCAUCCUCAUCAAGAUCAUAGCCUAAGGCUUCAAGAUGUUGCUGGCAAGCUAACAGGACUAUACAAAUGCAAUAGCUGCAGAAUCACUGUAUGUGGUGCAUGUGUAAUGCUACCGGCAAGAAAUGAGCAUAGAUUGGAGAAUCACUUGUUGCCGUUGACAUAUGAUGCCCGGUUUAACCGUCCCGGUGAGUUCUACUGCAGCAACUGCGAGGACCAAAUGGACCCCAGGAGCUGGAUGUAUCAUUGCCGAGACUGCGAUCAAUCCUUUCACCCCAGAUGCAUUCCUGCUACGUCGGGUAGAUACAGGAACAUCAAAUUUGGGACACAGCAAUAUGUGUUUUCCAAAAUUCAUGAUCCUCACCACUCGCUUAGAUUUCAAAUCAUUUCCAAGAAAAAGAGAUGUGAUCUAUGUCAUAAAGACAGGUAUGAUAUGCCUGGGUUUCAAUGUGUGUCGUGCAAUUUUGUCGUGUGUAACGACUGCGGUUUGAAACACAUGGAUGAUUGA